CAUCCUCCCUUCCUCCACUGUCCUCCGUGUCUAGGAGCGCCGUUAAACCGAAAGCCUCUCGCCCAUGGCACACGACUGAUGGGAUUCUGGCAUGCUUGAUCUGUUCCCAUCAUUAUAGUUCGUGUUAUUUUGUUGAUGACGGCGGAUCGAUCGGUUUGAUUGUCAGCCAUCUGGUUUAAACCACAGGAGAGAUUUUCACCAUCAUGCAGAAGGUGGAGGGACGGCCAGCCCCGGGCAGCAUAUCCUCCUCCUUGCGGGGUCCAAGUGCUCCUGGCUCACCCAGCAUCAUGGCCCGUGUGAAUGACGAAGUGGUGGAGUACAGGGAUCUUGCUGCUCUGCCCAGAGAUAAAAGUAUUCUACAGGUGGAGAGACCAGAUUUGAUGACCUACCAACCCCACCUCACCUUCUCACCGCUAGACGCGCCGCGUACGCCCCGUAGAGAGAGAUCCCUCUCUCCUUCCUCCAUCUCUCCUCCUCCCUCUCCUGAGCUGAAGGAGUAUAGAGAGGGGGGAGGGUCUCCAGGAGGCUCCACAUUGCAGCUCCGAAAGACAGCCACCCCUGUACAGCAACACUUCCACACGCCAGAUAAUGGUGCCAACAUCUACAAGAAGCUGCCAAAUUUUAAACAGGAGGUCAGCAAGCACCACGUGAUGGCCAGCAUCAUCCAGUCGUCUAUGUUCCCAGCAGCUCAGAAACCAGACCCCAACCUGCCCUCAAAGAUAGAAACAGAGUACUGGCCUUGUCCUCCUUCACUGGCUACUAUGGAGAUCGAGUGGAGGAGGAAGAAGGAGGAAGAGGAAGAGGGGAAGGAUGAAUUUGAAGACCUGACUGAUGACGCCAAGACACUGCAGGAGCAGGAGCUCCACAAGAUCAAGUCUAACCUGGGCAGGCUGAUCCUGAAGGAGGAGAAGGAGGAGAAGGAGAAGGCUCUACUUGGCAUUGGACGCAGGAAGACUCAGUCACUGCCAGACAGAACGCACAUGCACACCAGUUCCUCCUUGAAGUCCUCCUCCCGCUCAGGUCUGACCAGGAUGCAGUCAGCAGAGUUCGCUAUAGAGGGGGAUCAGGGCAGAGCAGAGAAUGGAGAGGCACCGCGGGAAAGGAUGGACAGAGGAAACUCACUGCCAAGUAUGCUGGAACAGACGAUCUACCCAUAUGAAAUGCUCAUAGUCACCCAUAGAGGGCGCCGCAAGCUUCCGCCGGGCGUGGACCGUACCAGGCUGGAGAGACACCUUUCUCCUGAGGACUUUGAGCGUCUGUUCGGAAUGCCCAUUGCUGAGUUCGACCGCCUGUCGCUAUGGAAACGAAAUAAUCUGAAGAAAAACGUUCAACUUUUCUAGCAGGAAGUGACCUUAUCCGUCAGACAGGAAACAGGAACCGCUACACUGCCUAACGAAGAAUACCACACAACACCAAACUAUCACUCCCUAACUAUCCAUAUCACAUACUAACUUAUCCUAUAUCAUAUCGUACACAUAUUCUUCUAUCUGUAUGUUCCUUCGUAUCCUUUAGUCGCCACUAGCUUUACUAUAGAGCAUCAGUAUAGAGACAAGCCUGACCCUAACAUUUGAGAAUCUCCUAGUAUCUACUGCCUCCCUACCCCCAUACACACACACAAUACAGGAAAUAUUAUUUUCAUGAUAAAUCCAUGUACAUUAUCAGAGAUCUUGUAAAUGUGGCUAAUGAUUGAUCGAUUGGGAUCUUUGUCUUCUGUAACGUAUUAGUUCUUAAUUCAUGUUAAUGUGUUACCCAAGAUUGAGGUUGACCAAGAGAGAUUAUAUCUCUUAGUCUCGCAAAACAGUAGAGCAAUCUUUUUUCCCUGUGGAACAUCAGAAAUGACUAACAUUCCAAUCCCACAUCGAACCAAGGACCAGACCCAUACCCCCUACCUCCCAACCCUACAGUGUAUAUGCAGAGUUUAGAAAAUGAAUAAAAUAUGAAUAAAAUAAA